AUGGUCGGUAGCCACGCACUAAAUGUCGCGCAAAGCGAGGCGAUGAUUGGCGCGAUGCGGACCGCCCCGCUGGAAGUUAACGCUCAGACAAUGAUGGGCGGAGUCAAUUACAUGCCAAUUGGGUGGCGUUCACACGUCCUCGCGUGUAGCCUGAGCUGAGUUCCGGUUUGUCUUCGAUGGUCUUGGAGGAGUCGAGACGAGAUUGGACCAAGGGAGAAGCUCGUAGACAACUUGGAAAAGUCUGGGAAUGA